GGGGUCCGGCCCUCGGUCCCGGUGGGGCGGGGGCUGCCCGGGCCUCCCCGCGGGGCCGCUGGCCGAAGAGGGUCAGGCAGGGGCCGGCUCCGGGCCCUCUCCCCGCCCGCCGCGCCCUCCCCGGGUGCUACGGCCCCUCCUCCGGGGCGGCACCACCGGCCGCCCAGCUGCGUUCCCCCCGCGCCUCUUCUCGCGGCGGCGGGCGGCGCGCACAAAGGCGGCGGCGGCGGCGAGCGGAGCCCGCGGGGAGGCGGCUGGAGGCAGAGGUCCAAACCAUGAAUUACGUUGGACAGUUAGCAGGGCAAGUGUUUGUAACUGUGAAGGAGCUCUAUAAGGGACUAAACCCAGCCACAUUGUCAGGAUGUAUAGAUAUAAUUGUUGUACGUCAGCCAGAUGGAAAUCUUCAGUGUUCCCCUUUUCACGUACGCUUUGGGAAAAUGGGAGUUCUACGUUCUAGGGAGAAAGUGGUUGACAUAGAAAUUAAUGGAGAGGCUGUAGAUUUGCACAUGAAACUAGGAGACAAUGGAGAGGCCUUUUUUGUGCAGGAGAUGGAUAAUGAUCGGGAGGUGAUUCCUUAUCAUCUCUCCACAUCUCCCAUUCUGUCUGAGGGAACUGCUUUAAUGGAAGCUCAGCUGAAGAGAAACUCCAUAGACAGGAUAAGAAACCUGGACACCAGUGCAUCCUCACAAGUACCACCCCAAGCCCAUGGAUCCCAGCCUUCUACUGAGACAUCUCCAGUCUGUAGCUCUGUGAAAAAAAGAAGGAAAAAGAGAAGGAAGUCUACACAUAAAAUAGACAGCUUAAAAAGAGAAGACAUUGGAGACACAUCAGAAGAUGAAGACAUGUUUCCUAUAGAGAUUAGCUCAGAGGAAGAAGAAGAACCAUUGGACAAUUCAAGGAUCCCUGUUCCAGAUGUGUUUGUUGAUGAUGUAUCUGACAUAAAGGCUGCUGCAGUUUCUACAUUUUCUCAGUCUGCAUCUUACCCUCAUUCAGAAGGAGAAUGGUCACCUCUUCAAAGUAAACCUAUAGAUUGCACAGGGCAAUCCUCUCUCCUCACUGUUCCAGCAGACGGAGGCCUGUCUAACUCUUGUCCUCAACAAUCUUCUCACUUUUCUCCUCCAGACAGCCCAUCAGGUUCACGCCCUCCUACCCCUCAAAGUGACUCAGAAUUAGUCAGUAAACCUACAGACAGAAGCGGAUUGAAGAGUAAUCCCCACAUGCACUGGGCAUGGGGAGAGCUACCCCAGGCUGCAAAGGCGAGUUCUCUGCUCAAAGCAAAGGAACCCAGCAUGGUGGAAGUCAGUCCUUCUGAAAGCACUCACUUUCGGGUCAUCCAGAGCUCUUCUGUAGAGGAGUUUAACACCGUGUCUCCUCUACCUGCCCUUGGACAAGCAGAUGCAGCAACUGCUGAUGAAAGUGACCCCUUACCAGCUGAGACAAAUAAGCCAGAGAUAGAGUCUCCAGGAGCAGCUGUACCACAGUUGCUUGCCAAUGAAGAAAUAAAACAAGCUGCAGCCUGCUCAGCUCAGCCAGCUGGCAAGACAGAUUCCCCUUCCAGAAAGAAAGACAAACGAAGCCGACAUCUUGGUGCUGAUGGUGUCUAUUUAGAUGACCUCACUGAUAUGGAUCCAGAAGUUGCUGCACUUUAUUUCCCCAAGAAUGGGGAUAAUGUCCAAAGCAAGAACGUGAACGACACAGGGAGCCGGUCUGCCAGCCAGUCUCCGCAGUCUGUUGGGAGCUCAGGUGUUGACAGUGGAGUCGAAAACACCUCAGAUGGAAUUCGAGAUUUGCCCUCCAUUGCUAUUUCUCUCUGCGGAGGCCUUACUGACAACAAAGAAAUAACCAAAGAAGAAUUCUUAGAACAUGCAGUAACAUAUCAGCAGUUUGUGGACAAUCCUGCUAUCAUUGAUGACCCUAACCUUGUGGUUAAGAUUGGAAAUAAGUACUACAACUGGACAACAGCUGGUCCCCUUCUGCUGGCAAUGCAGGCAUUCCAGAAACCUCUUCCAAAGUAUUCAUGCUUAAGUUACUUCAGAGCAGCUCUGGAUACCAUUAGAUUUUGCUUUAGUAGAAUUUAUGGUCCACAGACAGCCACUGUGGAAUCUAUAAUGAGGGACAAGAUGCCUAAAAAAGGUGGAAGGUGGUGGUUUUCAUGGCGUGGGAGGAACAGCACUAUUAAAGAGGAAACAAAGCCAGAGCAAGGUAUGAGUGGGAGUGGACUUACAAGAGAAGACUCUUCACAGAUGAGCAUGUCAAACAGAAUAAGAGAUGAAUCUUCUUCAAGUGAUGAAGACCCUAGAGCUGCCAAACAAAACCUCGGGUCAUUACAAACCAACUCAAGUCAUCUCUCGUUAUUGUCUGGAAUCAGUUACAAAAAAACACUUCGACUCACUUCUGACCAGCUCAAAAGCUUAAAGCUCAAGAAUGGCCCCAAUGAUGUGACCUUUAGUGUUACAACACAGUAUCAAGGCACUUGCCGCUGUGAAGGUACCAUUUACCUGUGGAAUUGGGAUGAUAAAGUUAUUAUUUCUGACAUUGAUGGAACAAUCACACGGUCAGAUACCUUAGGUCAUAUUUUACCAACUCUUGGCAAAGACUGGACACACCAAGGGAUCGCAAAGUUGUACCACAAAGUGAGCCAAAAUGGAUAUAAAUUUUUGUAUUGCUCAGCACGUGCUAUUGGAAUGGCAGACAUGACCAGAGGAUACUUGCACUGGGUCAAUGAACGAGGAACUGUGCUGCCUCAAGGGCCAGUGUUGCUGAGUCCAAGCAGCUUAUUCUCAGCUUUUCACAGGGAGGUGAUAGAAAAGAAGCCAGAAAAAUUUAAAGUUCAGUGUUUGACAGACAUAAAAAAUUUGUUUUAUCCUAACACAGAACCUUUUUAUGCUGCUUUUGGAAACAGACCUGCUGAUGUUUAUUCAUACAAACAGGUCGGGGUUUCUUUAAACAGGAUAUUUACAGUUAACCCUAAAGGAGAACUUAUACAAGAGCAUGCAAAGACAAACAUCUCAUCCUAUGUCAGACUAUGUGAAGUGGUAGAUCACAUUUUCCCUUUGCUGAAAAGAAGCCAUUCGUCAGAUUUCCCUUGUUCUGAUACCUACAGUCAGUUCACCUAUUGGAGAGAACCUCUACAGCCUUUUGAAACUCAGGAUGUACAUCCAGCCUCAUCUUAACUUCAUCUCCAAACUGUUGGCCUCAGCUUGAAGAAUGAGUUAGCUUAUAUUGAAAGGACAUCUAUUGACUUUUGCUGUUGACAUUUCAACUGGAAUCUGUGAUGUUGUGAGCAUUGUAUUCUUUGCUGUAAGCACAUUUAGAAAUGCUUUUUCAUACUUAGUCACGUUUCCAGAUGUCAAGAAGGAGUCUUAAUAGGAAUAGGAGUUAGGUUUCUAGCUCUUCACCCAGCUCCUCAAAUUGUGCCAUACAGUUUCAUUACUUAAGGUGAAAUAAAAGUGAAGUGAUGUUGGAGUUGCAGUUAAAUAUGCCAUAAGGUUGUAAAGUGGCUCUGUAUCUUUUCUGUAUCACUGAAGUCGUCUUUCGUCUCAUCAGAACACCCUGCUAGUAAGGGAGCCGAAGGUGCUCACCAUUCCUGAUACUGUCUGGUGACAUGGACAGGGAUUGCAAUCCAUAUGUCAAAAUUCCUUUCUCUGAAGGAGCAAAUGAUUCUUCCUCUUUCCUGUUAUUUGAUCAACUACUGUUUGUUUAAGAGUUAAUUACUGGUCUAGAUCCUCAGCUGUUGUAAAUCAGUGUAGCUAUCAAAGACAGUUGCGCUGUGUUGAUUUAUUCCAGCCUAGUGGUUUGACAUGGUAACACUUUUCUGAGGAAAUAAAUGAUAUGUAAUCUAAAUAGAAAGCAAAUGAAAUAAGACGUCCAGAUUCUGGCAGUCUUUCUCAAUUUGAGACAUGCCAUGCUUCAAGAGUAGCUAUUUGAAUUAAGGUAAGUGUGCAAGUGGAAGAUACAGCCUACUGUACAUAGUGCCCAUCUCACUGAAGUCAGUGAUUUUUCAAUAAACACAUCUUGCCCACAGAAUGUGCAGAGUUUCAAGAUUGAUACUGAGCCAGGAACACUGAGGACUUUGUCAAAAUGGAGUAUUUCUAUUUGAAACAUUAUUUUGUCUAAAAUGUGAACUUUGAUGUUGGUGAAUGAUGCAUCUCAGGUUUUUACUGUAUGGAUUUUUUUCUUUGGUUUUGUAUCAUAAAGAAUGGAUACUUUUAGUGCAAUUUACUGUCCUCCGAGAUUAAUUAAAUCUCCUCUUUCAUCUUUUUUUUUUUUCUUAUGUGUCCAGACACAAUCUGUAGAUACUGUUUUUGCUGCCUGCUUUUGACAGCCUUAAGACUCAACUGUGUGUGCUAAAAGCAAUACUGCAGAUCAGUUGAUAAUGUUUUCCAAAUGGUCUGCCUUUACACAAUGCGAUACUUGAUGUAGACAUCAAGUGACCGUAUACCAAAUGAUUCUCAAAUGUGCGUGUAGCUAGGAAAUAACUAUUUUCUUUAUUUUUUUUCCCUUUUAAAAUACCUUAAAAGUCUAAUUGUUCUCUGAAACACUGAAAAUGGCAUAAUGGGAUUCCAUGUAUAUUGUAUUUCAAUAUGGCUAAAACAGUGGUUCACAAGUUGUGGUCUCUGCCAGCUUGUGACCUGUGAUGCUGUGGUACGUAUUUUCAGUUAAGAGUUUAAUAAUAAUAGGGAGGCAGAGUGGUCCAGGAGAAAUUUUAAGAUGUGGUUGUGGUCAGUUAGCACCCAAAAGAUUGGGAACAGCUGCUCUGUGUCAUAUUUGUUCCGUUUCAACAAAUUCUGGGUUUGCAUGUCAGGAAUGAUAGCAAUGUAGGUAGGGUGGUAAUUCUGUAGUAAGGGUUUUCUAACUGUUAGUGCUGCAGACUUUAUCUGGGAUAUCAGGGGGCCAAUUUAUGAUUUCUCUGUGCCUUCAAUAGUAAUGAAUAUAAGUGCAAUCCUUUUAUAUGGCUGAAAUUUGCAGGGGUGAGCCCUCUCUAGGUCUUUCUUAUCGCAUGAACAUUGCUGCUUCAGGCAAGGUGUAUGCCCAUUUUGGAGGUGGCAGGAUUAGACAAAGAGGAAGAAAUAUAUGUUUAUCAACCCAGAGUGAUUGAAAGAUUGAAAGCUCUCUUGAAAGUUUUUUACUUAAAGGUGGAAGAAACGUGGUAUGUAUUUUCUGAAAGACAAUCAGUAGAGAUUGCAGGUUGCCAAUCUGAGAUGGUUGCAUCUCUAAAUAUAGCCGCACUUUCCUUUAAGUAUCUAUUAAUAUUUGUCAUUAAUGAUUGAAUAAAUGGGUGAAUAUACUAACUGCAUCCUAUUUUAAUUUAGUUUUGGUAGAAGCCUAUUUCAAUCCAUUUAUUAUGCAAAAUAAACCCAAACCAACGCUUCUCUGCAAUAAGAGGCUGUCAGUUUUGUGGGUUAACAAUAGUUAGAAUUUGUUUUACUAGGGUACCCCACACAGUAGCUUCUAGCAGAAAAGAUGGUCCCUAAAAGUUCUCCACAAUUAAAGCCUGUGAUGUGUUUAUUUAUAACUUAAUAAAUAGCUAAUCCGGGGUGGUUUGUUUCCAUUAGUACUUGAUAUGAAAAUGUUAGUUUGAGUGAGUGGUCAUUUUAAUUCCAUCAGAUUUGUAGUUGUAGGGUGGCACUGGUAACCCUGAGACACUGCAGAAUUUCCAUCCUGGCGUUUUUCAAGUCUUGGUUAAACAGAGCUAUGGCUGAUGAUCUAGUGUUGGCAAUCCUCUGCUUCAAGCUUGAAGUUGGACUGCAUGACCUCCAGGGGUCCCUUCUCACCAACAUUUCUGUGAUUCUGUGAAGCUAAAUGCCUUACUUCUGACAUACUGUGUACCCCUUUGUAUCUGAAAGUUGAAAUAUAGCUGAACAGUGGAACGAAUGUGUGUUUCUAUAACUAUGUUUAUCAGAUUUGCUCACAGAAAAGAUGCUUGUGAAAAUCAAAGUUUAGACCUGUUAGAAACAUCACCAUACUUUUUCAGUGUAAGACAUACUGAUUUGGUAGCCGAGCAAUUUUAUGCAUAAUAUUUAAACUGCUUUGUUAAUUCAUGUAGAAGAAAAAGGGAUGGUUUAACAAAUUCCUACUCUUUCUGUGAAAGAAAAAAAAAUUCAGCCUUGCUUGCAGUGUAAUCCUGGUUUCUGUUACAGAAAGAAUAUUUGGCUAACAUAAAUAUGCAGACAUAUUAAAUCACAGUAUAUUCUAUUUAUACAAUACACAUAAACUAGAAUAUGCAGCAGUGAGGAGUGACUAAUGUUUAUUUUCUUGAAGCCGAUGACCUUACCGUUCCAGCUGUGUCAUGUGAGGGAAAGAAUACCAUACUUGUUGCAUUAGUUAUGUUGAAGAUAAAAUGUUACUGUUCUAAUUUGGGGAGGGAGAAGAAACAGUGUA